GGGAGAGCAGAUAUAGUGAAUGCAGGGUCCGGGGAGAGCGGAUAUAGUGAAUGCAGGGUCCGGGGAGAGCGGAUAUAGUGAAUGCAGGGUCCGGGGAGAGCGGAUAUAGUAAAUGCCGGGUCCGGGGAGAGCGGAUAUAGUGAAUGCAGGGUCCGGGGAGAGCGGAUAUAGUGAAUGCAGGGUCCGGGGAGAGCGGAUAUAGUGAAUGCAGGGGUCCGGGGAGAGCGGAUAUAGUGAAUGCGGGGUCCGGGGAGAGCGGAUAUAGUGAAUGCAGGGUCCAGGGAGAGCGGAUAUAGUGAAUGCGGGGUCCGGGGAGA